UAUCGAAUAUGUUCUACAUUUCACAGCAUUGGCGACAGCAAAAUCAUUUGUCAUUCUAAAUAGAGCAAAUAAAAAAAUCGUGAUUACUUAGCAACAUUAAAAGUUGUAAGUUGAACAUAAAUAUGGAUAUUUCAUCUUUGAUUAAGAUAAAAACUAGCGAAAUGUAUCGGCAAGCAUUAGAAGAUCAGUAUAUAUCAAAUAACAGCAAUGAGCAAAAAAUGAGCGAACAAACCAAGAUAUUCAUGCAAUGGCAAGAAGAUAUAGAAAAUGCCUGCGAUAAAGUCGAAGAAAUAAGUACGGAGUUGAAGGAAAAAUUUGACCAGUUCAAAGAAGAUCACCAAAAACUUGACGGAAAACUGGAGGAAAUCAACAAAGAUAUGAAAUAUGCGGAAGAAGAAUUGAAUCACGAUGAUUCGGGAGUGGGCGAAGUACUAACAGCAUCAGAAAGUCCUGAGCAGCGUUUGGAAAUGUUAUUCGAGGAAACACAGCUUCGAUAUGACAAAAUUUUAUUGCAAUUAGAAAAGAAAUAUUAAACACGAGAGCAUGCUUUAGAAAAAGAAAGAAAAAGAAAU